UACAAUUUUAUAUACGAUAGAAAAACUAUGGCACAAAUUCACCUCGUCUCUCACAUGGUCUUGACCAUUAUCGUCAUAACUUAUUAGGAAAUAGAGAAUUUUUUUUUUCUUCAGUAUUUUGUUCUUUUGUUUACUUGGUCACCGAAAGACUUGACCAUAAGAAGUCCUGGAGUGUUCAUUCUCUUAAGAUGUUAUUUGUUUUUGGUAGGGACAGGCCGACAUUGAUUUGAUAAAAUGACCGAGAAAAGCAAGUCUUGGGAGACCAAUUUGCUUAAAUUUGAACCAGGCAAAUGCAGUGAAAUAGAAAAUAGCGAUAUUGCUUCUGGUUUCUCAGACUGAAAUCAUCAAAUUCUAAUGGACAUCAUUGCCGUGAUAAUAACUUGCCUGUUGCUCAUGUCUGUGGGGACAAGAGUUGAAACGUAUCAGAUACCACUCGGAGCAACACUUACUGCACAGAGUACUACUACUUCUUUCUGGCUUUCUCCUUCUGCUCAAUUUGCAUUUGGUUUUUAUCCACUAGAACAAGGUGGUGACUUUGUCGUUGCAAUUUGGCUGGUUAGCGGGGAGAACAAGACAGUGGUAUGGACUGCACAACGGAACGAUCCUCCGGUAACCUCAGGUGCAAAGCUACAACUAAACAUGGACGGUAAACUCGUACUAACAGACAACCAACGUGAAGAGAAGGUUAUUGCAGCUAAUUUCAGUGCAAAAGCUGCCUCUGCCUCCGUGCUCGAUUCUGGAAACUUUGUGCUCCACAACAGUAAAAACGACAUCAUAUGGCAGAGUUUCGAUUACCCAACAGAUACUUUGUUAGGUGGUCAAUCUCUUCCAAACGGACAUCAACUGGUGUGCAAUUCAUCACAGAACAACCAUUCCAGUGGACGGUUUCGUCUCAAGAUGCAGGAUGACGGAAAUCUUGUUUUGUAUCCAGUGGACACAAGUGACACAGGAAAUGAUGCUUACUGGGCCUCUGAUACUAGUUUUGCUUUGAAUCUCCGUGAGCAAUAUCAGUACCCUCUCGUCGAAAAUGGUACUCUGCGGAUUCUGAAUGAAAGCAGUCAUGGGAGGACUAAGGUGAUUCUAAGUGUAAUCAAUAAUUCAUCUUUAGCUAACGAUGGAAACCGGAUCAUCUAUCGUGCAACCCUGAAUUAUGAUGGGAUAUUUCAUCUGUAUGCGCAUUUUAAGAAUGGCAGUACCCAAAAUUUGGCAAAAUGGCCGGAUGUUAAAAGCAUGUGUUCAGUAAAAGGUUUUUGUGGAUUCAACAGCUACUGCACAUUAGAUGACGCUCAACCAUUAUGCUCUUGUCUUUCGGGUUUUAUCUCCAUACAUCCAAACGACUCCACUCUGGGCUGCAAAAGGAGCUUUCUGAAAGAAGAUUGUUGGGGGAAGAAAGACAGCGCAACCUCGUAUGAGAUGAAGUCGGAGGAGAAUAUUGUGUGGGUGGAUUUUCCUUAUUUAAAGGCUGAAAUGUCACAAGAAGAAUGCUCCGCUGCUUGCUUGGCUGAUUGCAAUUGUGAGGCUGCAUUUUACGACGGUGUAAGCUGCAUGAAACAAAGGCUGCCUUUGAGAUAUCUCAGACGGCAAUUAAGCGAUUACAGAACCUCAGUGUUACUGUGGAAAGUGGGAGACAGCCUCAGCAAUCGGACGGAAAACGAUUAUCCUGUGCCUGUUCCUGAACCACCACCAAUCAAGGCAACAAGUAAUAAAGCAACGGUGCAUAUUAUUAUCAUUACAUCCGUAUUUUCGCUGCUUUUAUGUUCAACCAUUGUCAUAUCCAGCCACUACACGUACAAGAUUCGGAUUUUGAAGUAUAAAAGAUUGAUGGAAACUGGGAACUUGGGUCUGAAUGAAGAGGUGACUUUGAGAAGGUUUUCAUACAGCGAACUCAAAAGAGCAACAAAUAAUUUCAAGAUAGAACUGGGAAAAGGGUCUUUUGGAGCAGUUUACAGGGGGGCGUUGGACAAAGGUAAGAGGUUGAUUGCAGUGAAGAGACUGGAGAAGUUAGUGGAAGAAGGAGAAAAGGAAUUCCAAGCAGAAAUGAGAGCCAUUGGAAAAACCCGUCACAGGAAUCUAGUUCGUUUGUUGGGGUUCUGUGCAGAGGGUUCUAAAAGGCUUCUGGUGUAUGAAUACAUGUCCAAUGGCUCCCUUGGAAACCUUAUCUUCGUGGGUGAAAGUCAGAGACGUCCAGAGUGGGAUGAGAGAGUAAGAAUAGCGGUGGAGAUUGCUAGAGGGAUAAUGUAUCUCCAUGAAGAGUGUGAGGCACCAAUCAUUCAUUGUGACAUAAAGCCUCAAAACAUCUUGGUGGAUGAGUUCUGGACUGCCAAAAUAUCCGAUUUUGGGCUUGCAAAACUUCUCAUGCCCGAUCAAACCAGAACCAUGACAGGGGCCAGAGGAACAAGAGGGUACUUGGCCCCUGAAUGGAACAAGAAUGUCCCAAUAUCUGUCAAGACUGAUGUUUAUAGCUACGGAAUAAUGCUGUUGGAAAUUUUAUGUUGCAGAAGAAACAUCGAAGUUCGUGUCCCUGAACCUGAGGCGGUUAGUCUCUGCUCCUGGGCUUAUAACUGUUUUGUUGCAGGAAAACUCAAUAAGCUUUUUCCUUGGGAAGUGGUGGAUGACAAAACUGCCGUGGAAAAUAUGGUUAAAGUGGCACUUUGGUGUAUCCAAGAUGAACCUUUUCUUCGCCCAACAAUGAAGAGCGUCGUAUUGAUGUUAGAAGGGGUCACCGACAUAGCAAUUCCUCCUUGUCCCGCUUCCAAUUCUACUUGAAUUUUCUCUGUUAAGAAAUGUCGCAGUGUUCAUGGAUCAUAUGCUUUUCAGUUUAUUUGUUUGUCUUCUGUUACGUGCGGUUGUCUUGUUAGGCUUAUUUUAUGGUGCUGUUAAGGUAGCAAGACAGAAGCUGAACUAGUAAUUUCCCAUGUUAAUUUCUGUUCA